GCCUGUCCGCGAGCACCACGCUGCUCCCUGCCGGUGGGGAGGCACGGAGGGGCCGAGCCCCCCGAUGGAGUCUUCUCGAGUGUGGAGCUGUCGGCGGGAGAGCCGGGCUUCUGGCUCCCAGACUCUCACACGGGAAUCCAGCCCGUUACUUCCCGAAGUGCGGCAGGAGCUACGUUCCAGAGUCUUGAGGUCCUCCGUCCUCGACCUGGAAGAGAAGGAGCACCCCGUGGUCCGGAAGACGGAGGAGAGCUUUUGUGACCGAGCCCUGAGGUUGUUCCGAAGGCUGCUUUACCAACUGCAGCUCAAGUGGCAGGCCACACUGGCGUGGCUGAGGGAGAAGGUGGCCGCCGGCUUUCAGGCCUUCUGCAACGCGGUGGAGGCCAUCUGCAGCGCCUUUAACAGUUUCUGCACCUCAGUGGCUCAGGUGUUCAGGAGCGCCGUCCAGGCCUAGCCCAGCCCUCCCCGGCCGCUUUCCUUGUCCGGGUACGGCCCCGUCGCGCUGGCUGUGGCGUCCUAAUAAGAGUUGGCUGCGGGCGCCCGGGGGGGGGGGGGCUCAGUCGGUUGAGCGUCCACCUUCGGCUCAGGUCAGGAUCUCAGGGUUCAUGGGCAUGAGCCCCGAGCCCCGCCCCGUCGG